GUCCUUGCUUUUUGUUAUUUUCAGACAGCUGAGGCAAUGCAAUUUCAUAUGCCAGACCUAUACCUGCAUUAGAUGUAAUUUUAAGGGUUGGAUUGUCAGUUAUGUGAAAUAUGCUGGCAUACCCUAUGUAAUCAUUGCUCGUUGAUAACUGCACGUAAAUAACCAUAUAAAUGCAAUGUCUUAGAAAGUUUAUUUUGAACAACCUGGUGAGCUCUCUUACUUGUUGCUGCAAGAAUGAAGUUGUUCUGGGUGAUGUCUUUGGUGUGUCUGACAAUACCACUUUCAUCUGGAGAUGGUGUGGAAACCAUAGAAACGAUCAAGACCAUAGACAAGGCGGUACCACAGCCCGUGCCCAUUCAGACAGUAGUUCAAACAAUGCCUAAAGAAGUAGUAACACAAGUAACGUCCAUCAACUCUGGGGUCAGCGACCUUGUCAGCCAAGUCAAACGACUGGAAUCAAAACUGAAUAUGGUUUUGGAGAGAGUCAUAUCUCGCAAGCGAGAGAUAUCGGCUCGACUCGAUAACGUGGAGAGCAGUGUUGACAAGACGCUGGCCAUUCUGGGUCCGGCAAUGAUGGAACUGAAGAAGCUGGGACAGAACACAAUUAUCGUGGAAGAGGAGGACGACCAGCGCAGGAAGCGGCGCCACGGCCGGUCCAAGAAGGAGGUCGGAGGACCAAGUCAGGGCAGACGCAAGCGUGAAGCUAAAACAGGUGUUAGGAGACGAGAUGUGAAAGCGGAAUGGGUAGCUGAUAUCCCAAACUACCUACAGAGCUACCACCAAGAUACGUUGCUCCCUGAAGAGCAUUAUUCAUCACUCCAGCGCUCGCUCAGAGACGCCUCAGCUGAGAUGGGCCCUGCAGCUGCCGGCGCCUGGUCACCACAGGCGGCGCCGGUCCCUGGUCCGCCCCAGUCGCCGUACUAUCCCGCUCCAGGGUGGCAGCCGCCGCCUCCGAUGGAGACACGGGCGCUGCCGUUCCCGCUGCCCGGUGACCAGCCGCCGGCGCCGGGGAUGCCGGCCGCGCCGCCAGCUGCUCCUCCGGCCGGCCAGCCGCCCCCGGCACCGCCGCCGCCGGGCGCACAGCCGCCGGCCCCGCCAGGCGCGCCAUCGCCGGGCCAGCCUCCGCCGCCGGCACCAGGAGCACCACCAGGGGCACCACCAGCGGCACCAGGCGCACCACCGGGGGCACCACCAGCGGCACCACCAGCGGCACCACCAGCGGCAUCGUCAGGUGCGGCACCAGCAGCGGCACCAGCGGCCGGGCAGCCGCCGGCGGCACCGGCAGCGGCACCUCAGACGCCGGCAGCCCGCAGACGCCGCUCGGAGCAGGCUCGGCUGCGGCUGGCCAUGGACGGCGGCCACCCGGUGCUGAUCGAGCGGCUGGACGGGCGGUCGGCUCGUCAGCGGCGGCGCGCCGUCGCCGACCCGCGGGUGCGGGAGGACGCUCUGGCUCUGUGGCGGCGGGCUGAGCUGGGCCCCGGCCCGGAGCCGCAGCCGCACCGCUGGCAGCGUGAGGCGGCCGAGCAGCCGGCGGCCACCACUGAGCUGGAGGAGGACCCCGUGCCCGACAUGGAGCGUCAGGUGGAGAGGGAGGAGCGGGACCUCAGCGCCGCCGACAGACGCGCCGCCUACGACGACCAAGACGAUGAUGAUGACGAUGAUGACGACGAUGACGACGACGACGACGACGGCGAUACGAGUCACAUGGACUCGGGUCAGAGCGAUGACGGAGGGGAGGACGCCAUGAUGGAUGACGCCGCCCCCGUGUUCGCAGAUGGUACAGAAGCAAAAUGAAUGUGACGUUUCUUGUCACUUAAUUGUUUGCACGAAUGAGUCGCUCUCGAAUCGCACAAGCUCUACGUACACAUAAUUGUCAUCAGUUGCCUGCCUCAAACAACAAUAUGUUCCAUGUUCCCGUGUGUAUUGCAUGAUUAUAUGCGACGAUUACCUUGUGACAGAAACGACACAGAAAUAAAUCCGGACAUCGUCCACGUUCUGA